CAGUUUUUGCACCGGCUCAAAUAGCCCAGCCAUAACUCCGUCCCCUCCACGAGUCUCGUCCCAUGUCUGGCUGGUCACUCGGCCCGCACGGGUUUAGGUGCAUGCGCUGCGCAUAAACCUCCCGCCCAAACACGUACGCACACGUCUCUCUCUCUCCCUGCAGGGGCGCAGCAGCAACCUGGUCGGCGACAUCGCCACGCCCUCGCCUCCGGCCGGUGCCGCAUCUCCUCUUGUGGGCAUGGACACGUCCCUCUCUUUGGCCGGUGCCGCCGCCGCCGCUUGCGCGCACAGCCAGUACCUCCCCCUCAACGAGCACGACUCCCUGGACAUGGUCCUGUUCGACGUCCUUCGCGAGGCUCCGGCCUCCGCCUCCGCGCUGUCCGCCAUCUCAUCGCCGCCCCCGCUCAAGGCGCUCGCCUCCGGCGCCGCGCGCAAGGGAAGCGGCGUUUGCAAUGGCAACAGCAAGAGCGAGUGCUCGGCGAGGGCCGCCACGGGGAGGCGGCGCUAUCGCGGCGUGAGGAGGAGGCCGUGGGGCAAGUACGCCGCGGAGAUCCGUGACCCGGCGCGGCACGGCGCGCGGCUCUGGCUCGGCACCUUCGGCACGGCCGAGGAGGCCGCCGCGGCGUACGACCGCGCCGCGCUGCGCAUGCGGGGCGCCAAGGCGCUGCUCAACUUCCCGCCGCCGCCCGUCGCGGGCUGCGCCGCCGGAGCCGCGGCGGCGAAGCAGGCUGGUGGAGGCCAGGUGAAUGCGUGAAAUGAGAAGCCACUGGACUUAACUGUGUUAGUCAGUUGAUGCUUGAAAGAUAGCGCGGUAGUGUUUGGUUUUCUCGUUGCUUUAGGACGAGCAGCGAAUUGUGGUGGUUCAAUUUGAGCUUGCAUUUUGAUAAUACUCCUAUUUUUAUGCCUUUGUCCCCUCAUCAAUGUUUCGAUAGAAGGUAUUGCACCAUCUCUUUUUGGUUCUUUUGUCCAUGAAUAUCGUCAGCUAUGUCAAUUUUGAGCUUAUAAAUCCAAGAAGGUUUGACCCUGUCUAA